AUGUAUCACAUAAUUGUACAAAAUAAUAAAGAAAAAUUGGACAAAAGAGUGAAGAAACUUCCUCUCCAACAAGAUGUGGUCCCACUAACACAAAUUAUUGAAUCCAUAAAGAUCCAACCAAGAGACAAGUUAUCCCUGCAAGACCGACUAGGGGGUUGGAUAUUACAAAAAAGAAAGCGAAAUGCCUCAAAUACAAGUGACAAGUACUAUAUUCAUGACAAAGUCACUCAAAACUUCCGCUCUUUAAAGGAGGUUGCAACGUUUAUACUAUUUAGCUGCCGGAGGAAUGAUCUAGUUCUUGCACAGAUUAAGGAUGGAACCGGAAGCAAUAUAAGAAAUGUCCAUGUUGUCAGUGAGGUCGAAAAAAAAAUAGAAGGCAUUCCAUCAGAGCCAGGCAACGGUAAACAGAAUCAAAUGGAUGAUGAACAGUGGGAGAUUUUCGCAUGCGCUUUAAACAACCCAAUAAUUAAUUUAUAGCCAGUC